AUGGCCACCGAUACACCAAUCCGAAUCGGAGUGAUGGGUUGCGCCGAAAUCGCUCGGAAAGUCUCUCGUGCCAUUCACCUCGCUCCCAACGCCACUAUCGCCGCCGUUGCAAGCCGUUCCCUCGAAAAGGCUCAAUCUUUCGCAACCGCAAAUGGCUACCCUCAAUCUACCAAAAUCCAUGGCUCCUACGAAUCGAUUCUCGAAGAUCCAGAAGUUGAUGCGCUCUACGUUCCUCUGCCCACCAGCCUCCAUGUCGAGUGGGCUAUACGCGCCGCCGAGAAAGGGAAACACAUACUUCUGGAGAAACCCGUCGCCAUGAACGUAGCUGAGUUCGAUGAGAUUGUCGCGGCUUGUGAAGCUAAUGGUGUUCAGAUUAUGGAUGGUACUAUGUGGGUUCAUAAUCCUAGAACCGCUAAGCUCAAGAAGUUUCUCUCCGACCCGGAACGUUUUGGCCAGCUUAAAACAGUACAGAGCUGCUUUUCAUUUGCUGGAGACGAAGAUUUUCUGAAAAACGAUAUCCGUGUGAAACCGGGUCUCGAUGGGCUUGGAGCGCUUGGAGAUGCUGGAUGGUACGCAAUCCGAGCAAGCCUUUUAGCCAACAACUUCGAGCUUCCUAAAACAGUCACGGCCUUUCCAGGUGCUGUCCUAAACGAGGCGGGUGUAAUUCUCUCAUGUGGAGCAUCUCUGAGUUGGGAAGAUGGACGAACUGCAACCGUAUACUGCUCCUUCUUAGCAAACUUAACAAUGGAGAUAACCGCCAUUGGAACAAAUGGCACACUCCGUGUUCACGAUUUCAUUAUCCCGUUUAAGGAGACAGAGGCUUCGUUCACCACAAGCACUAAAGCUUGGUUUAAUGACCCCGUGACUGCGUGGGUUAAUCCCCCGAGCGAACACACGGUUAAAACGGAUCUUCCACAAGAGGCAUGUAUGGUGAGAGAAUUUGCUCGUUUGGUUGGAGAAAUCAAGAACAAAGGUGCAAAGCCUGAUGGGUUUUGGCCGAGCAUUAGUCGGAAGACACAGCUAGUGGUUGAUGCCGUUAAAGAGUCUGUUGACAAAAAGUGUGAACAGAUUAGUCUCUCUGGUCGUUGA